AAGUCUCUCGAAAGCCAAAGCACGCGGUGUGAAUUUGGCCGAAAUCUCGCAGACAACGUGAAAGAAGGUUAUUUAAGAAUAGAAACCCGCCUUGCCGAAUACGGUAAGAACCAGAUGCCCUCAACCAUGCUUCUGCAUGGAUAUUGGGAGGAGGACACCAUAUCAGAGCCUCAGGCCGCUGGUCACUCUUCGCCAGCCAAUCGACUGAGACACACAACGGGCCGAGAAGCGUAUGUUGAUGUCAAGAUGAUGCAGGUUUCUUUCGACUCUCCUGCACCGCCGACCUCUGAGGCUUUCGGCCGCUCUCCGACCUGCCUUCAACGACUGGAAGCUGGCAAGCUGCCUUCCAUUUACCUCGGUUCCUUGGACCCUCUAAGAGAGCGCCCACAUCUCCAAGAUUCCAACAUCCCGCCCAGCAAGGCCAAACCCACUCGUGAUGUCUCUUCGGAAGAUUAUCUCGCUGCUGCUUCACACCGCUGCUGGCCAACAAAUGACUGA